AUGCCAUCAAGGAGGCGAGUGAAACCAGAGAAAGAAACGAUCGAGGAUGACGAAAAUGAAUACAACUUGCACGAUGAAUUCGAAGGCGAUCAAGUCAAAGAGGGAAUUCACGAGGAUUUGCUCAAAUUGAUCAACGAAGCACAAGUGAAUGGAUAUGGGGAUGGAGAAGAGUCGGGACUGCUCGUCGAUUCGCCGGAUUCAAUGCCCGGGACAAGCAAUUCACAGAAUGGACUUAACUACGACGCACCAUUUUUCUCACCUGAUGAUCUCCCUGUCAAUUUCUUCAAUUCAACAACUUUACCUCCACCACCGAGCUACUCAGCCACCACUUAUCUCAACAAAUUCCACCAGAAUGACUUCAGUCUCGUAAAGAUGGGCCCAUUGCGGCAAGUGAUGUGGAACACGAGUGACUUGAGAAGUCUGCGAUUGGCCACUUUUGCAAUAGUCAGUGCUCUUCAGGAUAAGAUUGACGUACUUGAGUUCGAAAAUGAGGAGCUCCGAAAACGGCAACGACUCUCCGAUGAACGAGUGGCUGAUGUGGAGAAGGAGGUUGACGAGAUCCGAUCUCUAUUGGACAUGAAGAAGAGAAAGAAACCGAAAAUGGCUGAGAAAGCUCAAACACAAGCAUCAGCAGCAAAUGUUGAUGCUGUACUGGAUCAAUGGGAUCUCAUCUUGAAUCCUCUACCGAAGCCGGUGAAAGAUUGCUGGAUCUUUGCUCAGGAUCCGCUUCGUCCCAUCAAUUUGGCGUUUUGUGCAAGGAAAGCCAUUCCAUCCAUCAUGCCGACCACAUUCACGAAUGCGACUACUCUCAAGCAUCAGAUCAAAGCUUUCUCAAAGAUGGCUGCAAAGAUGCUAGUGCCAAGCGAUGUGCACCGAGUCACCUGUGAUUCACGAGAACGCGAUCAGCAAUCAAUCGUCUUGUCCGAUCAAUUUCUCGAUCAUUUUGGAGAUUUUUCUGCCAAAUUCUUCCGCCCAAAGAAAGCCGUCUAUGCUAAAGAUGAGAGUGUGUUGGCAAAGCGACUCCGAGAUUCAUUUGUCUUGAACAUCCGAGAGACUCGUCGAAAUCGAAUAGGCGGUUGGGGUUAUUCGGACGAGGAAUAUCAAACGGAAAUCGAUCGAAAUAAGCUACAUUUUGGGGAAGAUGUUUUCCCUGAUGAGAUCAACAAUCCAUAUUUUGUGCUG